UUUGAGAAGUAAUAGUUCAGGCUCUGAGAAUGGAGUGCAAUGUACAGACCAAGGGGAAGAAGCUGCUGUGAAGAUGGUAUCACCUUCAGUUUGUUUGCAUUGGUUGGGAAGAUAGUUUGUUGAAUUGCUAGGGAGACUGCGCAGUUCUCUUGUUUGGAAAGGCUCCUUUCAAUUUGAAUAGUGUAUUUGAUACUGCAAUCUGUAUGUACUUCACUUUACAUACCUAUUGAAUAGAGUUACCUCUUCUCAAAAAACGAUCUCUAUUGGUUUGUCUGCAUUGGCUGGGAAGAUCAAACGUUUAUUUUGAUACGUCUCUUCCCCUUUCUAUGAAUUGUUUGCAUUAAUUGGGAAGAUGUGUUUCAGUUUUUAUUUCUCUCUUACUCGUUGGUUUUUUGCAUUCACUUUGAAGAUGAGUUUUCUUUUUGAUGUCUUUGGAUUCAUUAUCAGGAAAAAUUAUCACUUAAAUCAUUUUGUGGUUCAGGAUUUGGUCACACGUGUUGAAAGGCAGCCAAACUAUACAAACCACAAACUGAUUCAAGUGCAGUUUGUGAAAAUCCAGUAGAUGGCCAUCUGUAUUUUGAAAAGACAGAUUCAUUUUUAUAUUGCAGCUAAACAAGGGGUUAACUUUGAGCAUUAUUCAAUGAUUCCCAUGGAGAUUACAGGCCACUUGUACCAAAUUUUUAUUUUUCUUUCUUCUCUAUUUGUAGUUUUAUUUUCUUCUUGUGACUCAUCUUUCAUCCUACUAUUAUUUUCUAUAUUACUUGUUGUCAACAUACUGUGUUACAUUAUAGGAGGUGAGGUAGCAGAUGACAAUGUUCCACCUUGGAGCAAAGAUUGUUCUGUUUUUAUGAGGGUUAAGAAGUUACAUAUCAAUUCUGCAAUAUUGGCUGUUAAAAGCCCUUACUUUUACAAGCUUUUCUCAAAUGGAAUGCAUGAAUCAGAGCUGAGAGAUGUGAAGCUACAAAUCAGUGCUUCAGAGGAGGAUGCAUUCAUGGAGCUAUUGAAGUUUAUGUACAGUGGGAUUCUAUCAACAACUGCUGCUCCAGCAUUCUUGAGGGAUUUGUUGGUUGUUGCUGAUAAAUUUGAGGUUGCUUCUUGUGUGCGUCACUGUAUCGUGUUGCUGGGUACUCUGCCCAUGACCCGAGAAUGUGCUUUACAAUAUCUUGCGCAUCCUUAUAUUACAAUAAAUGCAACUCAACCUCUUGUUGUUGCCGCAAAGCAGUACCUUGCCAAACAAUAUCAGGAUUUAUUCGAAUCUCAUGACGAGCUUAUGGCCUUGCCUUUGUCUGCUGUGGAGGCAGUGCUCUCAAGCGACAAGCUGCAUGUGGGAAUGGAGGAUGCUGUAUUUGAUUUUGCCCUCGAGUGGGCACAUGCUAAGUACCCGAAUUUUGAGGAGCGGCGUGAGAUCUUGGGUUCACAUAUUGUCCCUGCCAUAUGCUUUUCCUCCAUGUCAACCCACAAGCUCAGGGUGGUCCUCGAAUGUGAAGACAUAGAUCCCAACCUUGCAUCGAAAUUGGUGGCAAGGGCAUUUAUUGUCAAGGCAGAGGAAGCUGAACUCAAGCAUUGUGUGGCCGAGUGCGCAUACAAGCGCCCCCCAUUAAAGGUGAUACAGUUGUCAGAAAACCAUGCCCUGGUGUUCUUGGACCUUCGGCGAGAGGAGUGUGCUGCCCUCUUUCCAACAGGAUCCAUGAAAUCACAGUUGUUCUACCUUAAUGGCAAUGCCUUCACCCUCCGUGUUCAAUGCAACAAUAAGGAAAACUCUUCUCAGUCCAUUGGUCUUUACCUUAAUAUGGAGGAGGGUUUGGGCAGGGUUGUGAUCCAGUACUCCUUUGCAUCUGUAUCGAAGCCAAGUAAGAAAUUUAAUGCCAAUGAGAUGUUGGAGGAGACCUUUGUCAAAGGGGGUACAGGUAGGUGGUUUUACGUCUUCAACACUCCAUGGGCCUCAUUCAUCGCUGACGACAGCCCCAACUUCUUGAAUGGUUUGCUGCACCUGCGUGUUGAAGUAGCCAUCAGGACACAAUGAUUCACUAUUUGAAUCUCUCAAUAGAUUGAAUCUCUCAAUAGAUUGAAUCUAUCUUGCCACAAUGACAUGUUUCCACUCGUUCUGUCAUGCAGCAAACUAGGGCUUCUAUAAUUUUUUCUUGUAGUAAUUUAAAAGGGGCAUCACCCCAUGCAAGACGGUUCAUACAUGAAGCAACCAAAUACUAGACACUGUACUACAAGAUAGUCAGAUGGAAAAUUUUUAGAGCA